GUGUAUCAAUACAUGCAUGAAACCAUAACUGUUAAUGGCUGCCCCGAAUUCCGAGCCAGGGCCACUGCAAAGGCAACAGUUGCUGCUUUUGCUGCAAGCGAAGGCCAUUCACACCCGCGAGUGGUGGAGCUGCCAAAGACUGAUGAAGGCUUGGGCUUUAAUGUCAUGGGAGGAAAGGAACAAAAUUCACCUAUUUACAUUUCUCGCAUCAUUCCUGGAGGAGUGGCAGAAAGGCAUGGAGGGCUCAAACGGGGGGACCAGCUGCUUUCAGUUAAUGGAGUGAGCGUGGAAGGAGAACACCACGAGAAGGCAGUGGAGCUGCUGAAGGCGGCUAAGGACAGCGUCAAGCUGGUGGUACGCUACACUCCCAAGGUGCUGGAGGAGAUGGAGGCUCGCUUCGAAAAGCUGAGAACAGCCCGGCGCCGGCAACAGCAGCAAUUGCUCAUUCAGCAGCAGCAACAGCAGCAAACUACACAGCAAAACCAUAUGUCGUUAUUCUCAAGAAAAAAAAAGCCUCGAUCAAGAGUUCAGUAA